AUUCGUGGACUUCACGCGCUCAGUGGCGCUACUGUGUUAUAUUUGAUAAUUUAAUAUUCACAAAUCGAAGAUGAUUUACAAAUUGUUUAUAUUUUCCAUCUGUGUCAACUUUCACGGCACACUGCAGUUGAUACCUUUGCCUGACUUCAUCCAUCCGUGCGCGGAGUUAACCGACGAGUGCUUCACCAAGGCGACGGUGGAUGCUCUCCCUGGCGUCGUCAAAGGUAUCCCCGAAGCCGGUAUCCCCACCCUAGACCCGUUAUACCUGGAGAAGAACAUCACCAUCGACCUGCCAGGGAAUGUGAAGCUUACCUUCCACAAUGGCAAACUCUCGGGCCUGGGCGGCUGCGUGCCGGAUAAGGUUUCAUCGCGUAGAGAGAAGCGAACAUUCGUGUUCGACAUGCACUGCAACCUCACCAUCCGCGGCCACUACAGCAUCGUCGGCAGAAUACUCCUCUUCAACCUCAACACCGAGGGGAAUGCUAAGAUCAAAAUCUGGAACCAAAAGAUCCAUCUGGAAGUAUUGGAGAAGGUGGUCACUGAUGAGAAGGGCGAGGGUCACUACAAGAUCAACUCGUACAAGUACAAAGCGGACUUCGGCACCGACUUGAAGCUCAACCUGACCAACCUCUUCAGAGGCAGCCCGGAGAUUAGUGCAAACAUCCUAGACGUUCUCAACUCUAACUCGCAACUAGUGGCGCAGGAGUUCGGUGAACCGAUCCUGGACUACGCCAUCGACUACGCCAUGAACGUCACCCAGCGCUUCUUCAGCACAUACACCUAUGACCAGCUCAGCAAGGUUCCCCUCACUGAGGAGUUCUUUGAGAAGAGCUAGAGGGUAUAGCAGUGAUGAGCGUUUUUCACAUUACGAUACGAUAUCCGAUCCGAUAUCUAUAUUUAUCGUCAAUGCGAGCUUCUGACGCCGGUUUUUUUCAUCUGCUACUUAGCAUGGCCACCACAGAAAGGUUUAUUAUAACGGUAAAGUAGACAAAGUGAUGGAUUAAUAAAGGAAAUCAGUCAGUUUGUCCGCAAAAACUGUCAGCGUUUCUAUUCUUUUGCACUGUGGCGAUGCUGAGCCUGUUGGUUUGUUCCCGAGCCGGCUGUAGGUACCAAGUAGGACAUCAUUUUAAUCAAUAAUUAGUUGCUAACAGCUUACCUUUUUGGAAAUAAAUCAUUUUCAUCUCAUUUAAUUUAAUUAUCGUUGCAAUCACCCGUAAGUUAUGUAGAUAUUAGAGAGAUAAGAUAGGACAAAACUAAACAAAUAUUUAAAAUAUUAUGAACAUGACAAAGACAAUCGGUGCAAAGCCAAUAUAUUGUGAUAAUUUUCUGGAACAUUUUCCUAAGGAAAUUAUAAGUGUGUAUGCAGUUUUAUCGGAUAUCGGUGUCGCGUAAUGUGAAAACGCGUUUAGGUUUAAGUUUAAUGUGUGAUUGUUUUAUAUGUGUGUUGAAGUGUUUUAAAUCAUGCCCCCUAAUACUAUUAAAAAUCUUUACAUAGUGAAUAAGAAUAACUUUAAGUAAAAUAAAAAUAAAUUUUAUUUUUUUGUCAGUUGCAACUUAUUAAAAGAACAGAACCUUAAAUACGUAAUCCGCUCUGUAAAUUUUAUUUUCAGUAACGGGGUUUAAGGUAAUCUUAGUGCUAUAGUUGUAUAAGAAAAUUAUUAAUAGCUACAGCCUUUAAAAGGCUUUUCUAUAAAAAUUCCUACAAAUUACAUACUUAAAAAAGCUGCAAUGUAUUUCAUUUUCAAAUAUUUCUUUAAAGAUACACAAGAAUCCUAUAGAAAAUUUUACUAGAAUGUCAACUACUGUCUAGGAAAUUCUGUACAAACAUUAAUUAGAAGGUUAACCUUUGUUACUUAACAGUACUACCCAAUGUCAGUGUAAGGACUGUUGUUGGGUAACGCUCCAGUUUAGUUUUUCCACUUCAAUGCCGACCGAGUAUUCCAAAGACUAGUUCGAUGAUGUAAUGUCGUGUCGCAAGUGUUAAGGAGCUCUUAGCAUUUAAUUUAAUAAAUAUUUUUUGGGA